GUAUGGGUGCCUCCGCACCGCGGACGCAUCCAGCAGCGCCGUCACACCCGUCGCGCCGCCCCGUCACGGGCGUGGUCACGGUGUGGUCAUGCGGCGGUCACGGCCACGGCCAGGGUCGCGACGCGUGACGGCAGUGACGGGGACAGCACGGCCGUGCAGGUCGCGACGCCGCCAGCGUCGCCAGUUAGCGCGCCGACGUGGCCCGCGACGCCAACCCGAACGACACGAGACGUUGUCGCCGAUCGCUCCGGACCGCAAGCAGCAGCGACCCUUACCGUUCGAUUUAGGGUGGUGUGAUCCCGGACGCGUGUCGGCGAUCGCGCCGUCGACGAGGUGCUCGUGUUCGUCGGCGUGCUGCCGAGGCCGAGGUGAUGCCGUGAGCGGGCGCCGCCGGGCCGCGGCCUACAGCCCCAUGGCGCCCUGGCCGGGAGGGUAGCGCUAUGCCGUGCCGGCGUCGCCACCCCGGGCGCCGCCGCCCCUUCGCAACGCCGCCGCCGUUCACCGCCGCCGUCACCGCCGCAAGGUCGCCGAGAUGGUCGCGGCGGCUGUCGCCGAGGCUGGCGCUGGCCGCCGCGCUGUCGCUGCUCGGCCCGGGGCUGGCCAUCGGCGCGCUGCUGCACGUCAACGACAUCCUCAGCGCCGACCUGCUGCCGGGGACGCUCUUCCUGCGCGAGCAGCAGCCCGUCAACGCCACCCUGGCGGAGCCCAGCGCGCCGCCCUCUUCGCUGCCCCUGCGCGCCGCGGGCCACGGCAGCAGGCCGCGCGCGGGCAACUGGAGCGACGCCUUCCUCACGAUGAACUUCCACAGGCGCAUGAUGAACGAGUACCUGUGCCGGAGCUACGUCGCGGAGCAGAUCCUGGGGGACAUGACGGGCGACGGCGACGAGGGCCCGGCCAGCGCCGCCGCGCUCACGUCCUCGGCGCCCCAGCGGCGCAUCAGCAGCACCCUGGUCGUGGAUAAGGAGGCCGUCGGCAGCCUCCCCGGCCAGGACGCCGCCGACGAGCUCGGGGAGAGGAGCGCCGCGGCGGCCAACGGCUCCGACGCGGACCCGGCCGGCGUCCCGGCGGCGGACGGCGAGGAGGGCGCGCGGCGUCGCGGCGCCGACGAGGCGCGCAGCAACCUGCCGGCGUUCCGGAGGAAGGCGGCCGCGGUGACGUCGGCGCCGGUCGGCGCCCGGGUGGACGACGACCCCCGUCCGAGGCGGCGCCGGCGAAGGCGCCGGCGGCGGAAGCGACGGCGCCGGAAGCGGCCCGGGUACCGUCUGCCGGGCGCCGACCGCACCGACGCCAAGGACAGCAUGCUCGCCGACGAGGGGUCCUCGGCCUACAAGGACUGGCUGGCCAGAACCACCCUGCUCGAGGACAUAUACCGCCACUACGACAACAUCGCGCAGGCCUCCGUCCAGCCCGAGAGCAUCGUGUCGCCGCAGGACAUGGCGACCUUUGAGGGCGGCGAGGUGACGGGGUUCGCGCUGACGCACGCCUCCAGCGCACCCAGCCCGGCCAUCGCGCCCGCCUCCUUCAACCUGCCGGUGUCCGUGCCGGUGCAGCACGCCGGGCUGCCCAGCCUGCACCCGGGGCUCAACCUGGCCUCCUCCAUCAACAGCUUCGCCUCGCCGGCGCUGCCGCCCGCGCUGCCGGCCGCGCCCGCGUACGGCAUCGGAGAGGACAGGAACCCGUUCGAGUACAGCGGCGGCGGCGGCGAGUACCUCGAAGACCACCACGGCCACCACGAGCACCACGAGCACCACGAGCAUCACGAGCACCACGAGCACCCCGAGUACGAGCACCACCACGAGGUGCACGAGAAGGGGCACGGCAAGAUGCUGUCCAUCAAGGACCUGUUCGACCUCGUCCUCACGGCCAUCGCCUUCCUGGCCUUCGGCGCGUUCUCCAUCCACCUCAUCAUGUACCUCAUGAUGAUCCCGAACAACAACAACAUGAUGAUGAUGGAGAUGACUCCGGGCACGGGGGGAGGCGACGGCGGCAACGACAACGGCGCCGGCGAGGCGGAGGGCGGUCGGAGGCGGCGGCGCGCGGCCCGGGUGUCGCCCGGCGCGGCCCGCCCCGCCCAGGCCGUGUCCGUCGAGGUGCUGAACCGCGCGGCGCAGCGGGUGCUCGCCUCCAUCGACGCCGCCAUGCUGGUGUACCAGGGCCCCCGCCGGCGACCCGCCGGCCGGUCGCUCGGGGUCGCCGCCGAGGAGCCGGUCGCGGACCACCGGGACUGCCUGCACCGGGCGCUCUGCAGGCACAACCGCUUCUCCAGGACAGUGGAGGGGCCCUUCAGGCUGUGGCUGCCCAUCUGGAGUGUCGGGCUGAGCUGGGUGGCUGGCCGCCUGGCCCCGGGGGCGUCGACGCCGGCCUCGGCCACCCUGGACAACCUGCGGGCCUCGCUGCUGGGGCUGGGCAACGCCCGCUGCGCCGCCAUCUUCCCGCGGUGCGUGGGCGCCCCGCACGCGCAGCGCCACGAGGAGCCCGACGGCCCGCUGCCGCCCCCCGGGGCCCGGCCGACGGGGCGCCCUACCGCCCCCGACCAAGCCACGGCCGCCCCCGCGACGGCCGCCCCCGCCACGGCCGCCCCCGCAGGGCCGCCACCGGGGAUCAUCCACCCCGCGUUCAGCAACCUGCCCAAGAUCAUCACCAAACGGCCGCUGGCGGCCCCCGCGGCCCCCGCGGCCCCCGUCGGCCCCGAGGCCCCGCCGCGCUUCACCGCCAUCGGCGUCAAGACCAACAAGGGCAGGCGGAGGCACCGCGUCCGCGGCGGGCCGCACUCCAGCGCGCGCACGCGCCCGCAGCCCGCGCACGGCCAGGGCUGACCAGCGAACACUCUAUUCACGCUUCACUUUAACUUUAAUAAAUAGGGUUAUUACGACGACGGCUUGUUCAACUGAACCGAAGACGUAAUAAUAUUUCCCGGGCGGACCAUGCAGGCCAGACGGCCGCAGCUGUAACGAAAUGUACAAAGAAAAUUGUAAAAAAAAACCAACAAAGUUUACUUGCCAUAUAAACAAAUAUAUCCUUCUCUUUUAUGGGUUAGAAAAGUGAGGCUUCUUACGCAGCAUCUCACGGGGAAAACGGGUGUCUGUGUAUAGGAAUGGGUAGAGGGGGAAAUCUGCUAGGUAUACUGCGCAGCCUGUAAAUAAAGAUGUAAAUCAUCAACACCA